AUGUCAACCUCAAGCACCGACACCAACCCUGCGCCCAAUAAGAGACCAAUGACUUGCUUUGACACAGACGACGACGACUACCACAUCCGGCGCUCAACAGACGCAGUCGUCCAGCUCGAAUACGACGAUCCAGCUGACCUCCCGCCUUUAUCCGAGACCGACCACGCAAAGUCAGCUGGCGGCAGCCAAUGGACGCGAUUCGUGUGUAUCAGCGAUACGCACGACCACACCUUCCCCGUUCCCGACGGCGAUGUCCUGCUUCACACCGGGGACCUCACAGGCCUGGGACGAUGCGAGCAGUUGGAGAAGAUGGUGGAGUGGUUGUGUGGGUUGCCGCAUCCUGUCAAAAUCGUGAUUGCAGGGAACCAUGACCUCGUCCUCCACGCCGACUGGUACGAUAAGAACUGGACGAGCUGGCAUCAGCGGAAAGAAGAUACCAAGAAAGCUCGUUUACUCCUCACCGGUCCCCGCGCAAAGAAAGCUGGGAUCGUCUACCUAGCCAACACCAGCCACACUUUCUCUCUGGGCCCUGGCCGUCGUGAAUGGACUGUGUACGGUUCUCCUUGGUCCCCGUUUUUCUUCGAAUGGGCGUUCAACUACAAACCCGAAGAGGCAGAAGAACUCAUCUCCUCGUUCCCCAACACCGACAUCCUCCUCACCCACGGGCCCCCAUCCGGCAUAUUCGACUACACAAAAGGCGGAGACUUCGCCGGGUGCCCCGUCCUCGCCUCGCACCUCUCCUCCGGGCGGCUCCGCCCGCGCCUCCACGCAUUCGGGCACAUCCACGAAGCCCACGGCGCGGACAUCCACUCCUGGGACCCUCCCAACAACUCCCCCUCCACGCCCCCAAAGCUCCAAAACGAUUUCUUCAGGGAGGAGAACGUCGAGGACGAUAUGUUUGACGACUCGGGUGAGGCGGAGGUAAGGGAGGUGCUGGAGGCUAUUGAGGCGGAGAAGGAGGAGAUGAGGAGGAGGAUGGGUGUGGAGGGGAUGCAGAGGACUGUGUUUGUGAAUGCUGCGAAUGAGCCCAAUAGGAGGGGUAGGAGGAACGUUAAGAUACCGCAUGGAGGGCCGGGGUUUCGUCCUGUCGUUGUGGAUUUGAAGGACUGA